CCAAGCCCAGCUUCUUCUAUAUAUACAUUGUUUGCUUUAGUUCUAAAUUACAUUCUCAAGAAAGAUCAAAGCGUCUCCGCUGAUUACUAGCUUGUUUUUUUAUGUUCUAAAUCUUCUUUCAAUUCCUCACCAUUUUCUAAGUCUGAUCGAGUAAUGUACAAUAGAUUCCUAAUGUUGAGCACCACAUGCACAAACUACAGCUAGCAUUUUCUCUACCGUAAAUCAGAAGCAAAAAUUUAUACAAAUUUCAGAAGUCAAAGCAAAACUACAAAUCACCAAUUCAUAUAUUAUUCAAGUUCUCUUAGCAAGCCUUUCUUUUAUCUACAUAUAAAGAGUCGUAUAAAGAGUCUGCAUUGUAGUGCAGCUGUGAAGCAAGUAAUGGAGAGUGUUGAUUUAGAGGCAUUAGUUUAUCGAGGCAUUACUCUAAAUAGUAUUUUAGACCAGUUAGGGAUGCCUUGGGAUUUAGGUAAAUGGCCAUUGGUCGUGCCAUUGUUGAAACUAAUGGUGAAUGUGUGUUUGGUAAUGUCUGUUAUGUUGUUUCUGGAUAGAGUGUAUAUGGGAGUUGUCAAGCUUUUUAUUAAAUUAUUGGGGCGAAAACCUGAGAAGAAUUACAAAUGGGAGGCCAUGAAGGAUGAUAUUGAGUUGGGAAGUUCCAGUUAUCCGAUGGUGUUAGUUCAAAUACCAAUGUACAACGAAAAAGAGGUGUAUCAGUUGUCAAUUGGAGCAGCAUGUGACCUUUCAUGGCCGUCAGAUAGAAUAAUCAUUCAAGUUCUUGACGAUUCAACAGAUUUAGCUGUUAAGAAAAUGGUGGAGGCAGAAUGUAAGAAGUGGAAAGGCAAAGGCAAAAACAUAAAGUAUGAGAUCAGAGACAACAGAAAUGGCUAUAAAGCAGGAGCGCUCAAACAAGGAUUGAAGCACAGCUAUGUGAGCCAAUGUGACUUUGUUGCCAUCUUUGAUGCUGAUUUCCAGCCUGAGUCUGAUUUCUUAAAGCGCACCAUCCCUUUCUUUGUUCAUAACCCUGAAAUUGGCCUUGUUCAAGCUCGUUGGAAAUUCGCAAAUGCAGAUGAGUGCUUGAUGACGAGAAUGCAAGAGAUGUCACUAAAUUAUCACUUCAUUGUGGAGCAAGAAGUGGGCUCCCAGACAUAUGCAUUUUUUGGCUUCAAUGGAACUGCAGGUGUCUGGAGAAUUAAAGCCCUUGAUGAAGCAGGAGGAUGGAAGGACAGAACAACUGUUGAGGACAUGGAUUUGGCUGUCCGAGCUACCCUCCAAGGAUGGAAAUUCGUUUUUGUCAAUGAUAUCAAGGUAGCAAAUGAACUUCCGAGUACUUUCAAAGCCUUCCGAUAUCAGCAGCACCGAUGGUCUUGUGGUCCUGCUAAUCUCUUUAAGAAAAUGGCUGCUGAAAUCAUCACAAACAAGAAAGUGACUUUGUGGAAGAAGUUAUAUGUGCUCUAUAGUUUCUUCUUUGUGAGAAAAGUGGUGGCUCAUAUUGUCACAUUCACCUUCUACUGUGUCGUUUUGCCAUUGACCGUCUUAGUUCCUGAAGUUGAAGUUCCCAAAUGGGCAGUUGUUUACAUUCCUACUACUAUUACCAUCCUCAAUGCUGUUGGAACUCCAAGAUCACUGCACCUAGUCAUUUUCUGGGUCGUUUUUGAAAAUGUUAUGGCAAUGCACCGGACAAAAGCAACCAUCAUCGGGCUACUAGAGAUAGGCAGAGUCAACGAGUGGGUUGUCACUGAAAAACUAGGAGACGCUUUGAAACCUAAAGCUUCUGCUACUUCUACUUCCCCUGUUAGCAGUGCGCCUGUGAAGAAACCUAAGGCCUUCGCGAGCAUAUGGGCAAGGCUUCGUUGGCUGGAGAUUAGUGUUGGAAUGUUCAUCUUCUUGUGCGGAUGGUAUGAUUUUUGUUACGGAAAGAACCAUUAUUUCAUUUACCUCUUCCUGCAAGCGAUAUCAUUCUUCGUUGUAGGGUUAGGAUAUGUUGGCACUUUCGUUUCCAACUGAUCAAGAUCUAUGUCUGAGGCCUACAUGAGUUGUGUUACUGUCAUUACAGACAGAAGAAUUGUUUAGGACAAUAUGUUGGUAGUUAAAUUUUUAUUCUUUUCGUUAGUUGCAAUGUGCCGAUGUGUAAGAAACUCCAGCCACAUUUCUUUGUGUAUAGUUAGUUUAAUGGCCAAAUUUGAUUGAUGAUUUAUUU